ACAAGACCUUUGACUGUACACCGGCUUCCAUCAGCCUCCAUGCAGUGAACAUCUUCCUGGCUUUGCUCGAGAUCAUUCUCGUGUUUGUGGUGUCCAUUCUCAGCUGCUGUGAUAUGUGCACCAUGCGCCGCCCGGUGGCACAGGCUUCAGGACUACUUCCGAUACCACACCAUCACAGACAUGACGCUGGAGUUCGCGGACAAGAUCACGUUUCCUGCCGUCACCAUCUGCAACUACAACAGAGUGGAUCUGGACCUAGCGACCAUGGAGGAGCUGCAGUACCUCUCCCCUAUGUUGUACGGCAGUUCCAUGGACGAAGCGGCACUGCGGGCCUGGCUGGACCUGCCGGCUGCUGACAACACCAGCAGUUCGGUAAACUCUACAUCGGCGACUUCUCCCACCACGGGAUUUAAUGUAGCUGACAUCAUCAGGCGGAAAGGGUUCGACCUGGGCAUCAUGUCGAGAGCCUGGCCGAGGAUGGUCGGGUGCACUUUUAAGGGGCAGCUCUGCAACUCGGAGAACUUCACACACUCGUUCAGUGUGUACGGGAACUGUUACACGUUUAACGGAGACCGGACCAGCCCGCUCCAACAGACCAUGGAAGGGACGGGCUUUCCCAGCAGUAACGGCCUGCAAAUAAUCCUGGAUGUCAUGGAUCAAUUCUCCACGGAGACGGUGAGUACUGGAGGUCACGGGGAGGUCGGCAUCCGGGUCCUUCUGCACGACCAGACGGAGCCGCCGGUGAUGGACAGUCAGGCCGUGGCACUGGCGCCGGGUAACCACGCCUUCAUGGCUGUCAGACAGACACAGUACCGUAACCAUGAGCCCCCCUGGGGGAAGUGCGGGGAACUGCAGCUGACACAUUAUGACCCGUACACGCUCCCUGCGUGCCUGCUGGAGUGCCGCAGUCGACAUGUGGAGCAGGCCUGCCAGUGUACUCCCUACUUUCUACCAGCUCAGCUGGUGUCUGGGGAACUUAAAUGUGACUGUCCCAUUCCCUGCACCAUGACUAAAUAUGGUGCAUCUGUGACGUACGCAGGAUACCCCAACAGGCUUACAAAGAAAAGCUACAACGCUGCUUACAACCUCACUCCGGACUACAUCAGAGAAAACGGGGUUGUACUGGACAUCUACUACGACACUCUGAACUACCAGAAGAUUUCGCAGCUCAAAGCAGUGGACUCGGGACAGCUCGCAAGUAACAUGGGCGGCAUGAUGGGGUUGUUUAUAGGCGCCAGCGUGAUGACGAUCCUGGAGGUUGCUGAGUACCUGGGACUAAAACUUCUGCACCAGGAAGCAGCGCCCCCACGCGAUUAA